AUGUAUAAUGCACAGAAGUGGACCGUAGCACGCGACUCAUGCGCAACAAAUGGAGGCAAACUUGCAGUGCCGGAAUCAGAGGAAGAAUUUAUUUUCAUUCAGAAAAUAGUGCGUGGUAUACAUUAUCCCAGUAUUGUGAACCCCGAUUUCAAACUGAUGGUAUGGCUUGGAAUUAACAACCUGGAGAACUAUCUUAUGUGGAAAACUGUUGACGAUGUAAAUUUAGAAAACAUCGGCUUCCACACUUGGGCGAGUGAAAACGGUCAACCGUUUAGCAAUGACCCCGCGGAACCUCAUUGUGUUGGUAUGGAUGCAUAUAACUACGGAUUGCGUGAUUACUGGUGCUCUAUGAAGCUAGCAUAUAUUUGCGAAAAUAAGGCGUAA